UUAUACUUACCUCGAGAUAGAGUAAAUGACACUCACCUGUCACUUUUUUGUACAGUGAUUGUUCUGUGUCAAAAUAAUGAGUCAUUCCUGAAAUUUCCGAAAAAUACCCAACCAACAAACAAGUAUUUUGUACAAAAUCUGUUAAUUCGGUUAUUGUGAGUAGCUGAAAGAUGAGAUAAAGAUAUAUGCAGGCAAAAAAAACAAAUUUAAAUAUUUCUUGUAAUUCCAAUGUCUUGAACUAUUUUUAAACUGUAAAAAGAUGGCGGACUGUAGACAUUUCUGCACUUUUGCCUCUUUAAAAUGUUGAAUAAAAGGUGAUAAAUACCACCAUGUGAAGUGAAAUAUUUGGACAUUGAUGGACGUGAUAUUAGGAACAGUGUUUUGUACAGUUUUAUAGUUUAUACGUAGUUUUUCGUGAGCACAUUAAGGCUGAAACUUUUUGGGUGGAUAUACAUUUUUACAUAAAGCAUCAAAAUGGUUGUUGGGGAAGCAAUAAACAACAUCAUGGGAGGGAUAGAAAACACGGGGACUGUCAAACAGCACAAUCAUAAAAAAAAACUAAGGCAAAGGUUUGAUAUAAUCAAGAAACUAGGUCAGGGUACAUUUGGUAAGGUACAGUUAGGUAUAAACAAAGAGACUGGACAAGAAGUUGCAAUAAAAACAAUAAAGAAAUCAAAAAUAGAGUCUGAAGCUGACUUGAUUAGGAUUAGGAGAGAAAUUCAAAUUAUGUCUUCUGUACAGCAUCCAAAUAUUAUACACAUUUACGAAGUUUUUGAGAAUAGAGAGAAAAUGGUUCUAGUUAUGGAAUAUGCCGCUGGCGGCGAAUUGUAUGAUUAUUUAUCAGAAAGAAAAGUAUUGAAUGAAGAAGAAGCUAGAAGGAUAUUUAGACAAAUUGCGACUGCAUCUUACUAUUGUCACAAACACAAAAUUUGUCAUAGGGAUUUAAAAUUGGAGAACAUACUUUUAGACGAAAAUAAUAAUGCCAAGAUUGCAGAUUUCGGUCUGUCCAACGUCUUCGACGACCAGAGGCUCUUGAACACCUUUUGCGGUUCCCCGUUGUACGCCUCCCCUGAAAUAGUGAAAGGCACUCCUUACCAUGGCCCUGAAGUCGAUUGUUGGUCCUUAGGGGUGUUAUUAUACACCUUGGUGUACGGCGCGAUGCCAUUCGAUGGUAGUAAUUUCAGGAGGCUUGUAAAACAGAUUUCUCAAGGGGAUUAUUUUGAACCCACUACACCAAGCCCUGCGUCGCCUUUAAUACGAGAAAUGUUGACAGUCAACCCAAAAAACCGGGCCAACAUCGAGAAAAUCUGCACGCAUUGGUGGGUAAACGAAGGCUACUCAGAAAGCUGUUUAGAGAUCUCCGAAGAACUGGCCAACCAGACUCCAGUGCGGUUGGACGUCCUUCUGUCUUUGGCUCCUCCCCCUCCACAACUGGAAAGCGAGAAAUUGAUGCUUACAGGCGAGGGAGAUGUAUCAAAUGUGGAAAAUAUUGCCCCCACUAGGUCACAGUCUGUUGGAAGUCUUAUGGAGCUGGCUCAUCCAGAAAGGAGUAUAAUAGACCUAUUGAAAGAAGACAAAGCCACUCCAAAACGAAAACUGGAAAACACCGUCAGCACAGACAGAGUAAACCUGGACAAACGGAAAGAGAAAAUCGCAAAAGAUAACACCGUGGCUGACAUAACAGUCAGAGGCGGUGUGCUGAAAGAAGAGGAUUCAACAGAGGAUGCCAGCAUGAGUGAACUUGCGCCGUUGAUCAAAAGUACCACACAGACCUUGUCCAAGGAGAUGGACGUUGAACAGACUGAACUGACUGUGGAUCCGGUGAUGCAAGGAGCUGCUUGCCAGGAGAUUAUUGAGGAGGCGGAGAGGAAGAAACCUAGCAAGAUUAAGAAGACUUUAAGUGUCGCCAAUAAGGCACUGGAGGGGAUAAACGAAAAUCCCAGCCAGGAGAAUGUUACUGAAAACUUGAAUAAGGAGAACAUUGUUGAAAAGACUGAAGAACUCCCUAAGGCGGAUGAGGAGAAGAAGCCCGCCACCGAGAAUAAAGUGCCUGUAAAGAAGAAAGUAGUUAAGAAAAAGGUGCUCAGCGAUAAAAACGAAAACAAAAAAGAAAAGGAAGUGUUACCUGCAGAAACACCUGAAGAGAAAUCCCAAGAAAAAGCCCAACCAAAACCAAAGCAAGAUAAGAAGGCACCAAAAGACACUGAAGCUGAAGCUCCUCCUAAGCCUGUAGAAAGGAGGAAGUCUAGGAUAUUUGAGGCUGCAGAGAAGUUCCAGAGUAUGUUGGCACCUACGGAUUCCAAGCCAAUGUUAACAGAGAAAGAAAAACCAAAGAAGGUGAUCAUACCCGGUGUGAGUGUGGAUGGAUUUAAAAAAGAAUUCGAGCGAAAAGCAAGUAUAACCUCCGCAUCGCCUCCUAAGUUGAAAUCAACCAAGAGCGUUGAUGAAAAUAACUCGGUUGACAAUGAGCUAGCAGAAGAACAGCAGCAGAAAACUUCUGGGACACAAAAAGAGGCUGUGAUACAACCCGAUCUUGAAAAGACUGAGGAUGAUCGGCAAGAACUUGUUCGUAAUGCUGUUAACAUUAUAUCCAGCGUCUUAAAUAAAGAAAAAGAGACUGAUGGAGUUAUUCCAGUUGAACCCAAACAAGAUCCCGAAAUAAUGGUUGAAGAUAUACAUAAGGCUCGUGUCAGGCAUGCAGUUAGUGUUAUAUCGAGUGUUUUAUCAGAUAAAGAGAGGGAAUUUGGAUUUAGUCCUGUCGAAAGCACACAACCGUCACCACAACAAGCUCAACAACAACCGGAAAAGACCGAAGGUGACCGAAACGAGCGCGUGCGAAACGCGGUGAGCAUCAUAUCGAGUGCCUUAGAUAAAGAAGGCACCAGAAAAUCAAAGUCACGCCCGUGUAUGAUGCGUAAACCUCCAGUGCCCUUUGGCGUUGGAGGACGGUCGGCUUCUGGCAAUAUCGGCAUGAUAAGUAGUCCAUUGUCACCACCUCUUGGACCGAAGCCCUUCGUGAAGCCAGACUUCCAAAAGUUGGAAGUGAAACAGGUGGUGGACCAGCCAGAAACCAAAGAAACAGAUGAGCCGAAGACAUCAUCAGUUGAAAUCACACUGAAAUCUGCUACCUUACCAAGAAGAAAGACAACAGCUCAAAUAAGUCUGAACUACCCAACCCCAAAACCAGCACCAAUGGGCUUCAAGACAGAAAUGGCUCAUACUGUAGAAGCCUACCGACCGGAAAUGGACCAAGUGGCCAAAACCAAGUCCAAGGAGAGGAUCAUUCCCAUAGCAGUGGAAAAAGGGACCGAAUCUACACCGGAACCUGUGCAGUCACCCCCCGCUAAACCACCCGCGCCCAGACCUGGGGGCUUCCAGACGCAGAGGUCAAACAGCUCGCAGAAGUCAACCAUUUCAAGACAGUCUACCCAAGAAUCGGAUUCGGAUACAGUUGCUUCAGUUACCUCAACAGGCGAGCCAAUCAAAAAGUCUCCUAGGGAGUAUAUCAUACCAAUUGCAGUGGAAGGAGGUGGAUACGUUACUCCAAGAGCAGGCAGUUUGGAACCCAGUGAGACUGGUAGUAGUGCUAGCACCAUGACAAAUAAGAGCAAGACUAAGUUUGGAAGAGCAAGGAGGCUAAAUUCAUGGUUCAACGAUAGAGACUCUGAAGAUGAAUCUUCACCAUUCUCUUCACUACGACAUGGAUCUGUAGGAAAAGACAGUGAUAAUGAAGAUUCCAAGAGGGAUAUCUUCCAUAUGCAUAGAUUAAGGAGCACUAGACCAAAGAGGGCCAAUUUAGAACAUAACGAUUCUUUAAGCUCUGGAGAAGAAGACGACGAUGAACAGUUCGAAAUAUUGACAGCUGAGAAUUUAUUUUCUACUCUGCUUGCCAGGGUAAGAGAUCUCACCCAAAGAUUGAACGUCGAUGACGGUAUGAGACCUGCCUUCCCUAGCAGUAGACUGUUGAGCCAUUUCGAUCAUGGCAGCAACUUCUGGAACAGAAUGGAUUCUCCACUAUCUAGGCAUUCUUCAUUAGGCAGCAAAUCAAUGACUAGACCAACAAUAACGAAAACUACCACAGGCAGCAGUUUUGGAGUGCCUUGGCGCAGGUCGGUGAGCCGCGAGACCUCAUCAGACCUCAACGAAUCUUUCCAGGGCCCUGCUGGUGGAUCGAAACGACCUAUAGGAGCGCGCGUGCGCGUGACGGUGCAUCUGCCGUACGCGGCUACGGCGAUGGGACCUCAGUCAGCUCCUCCAUCGCAGACAAACGCAGCCGCCCCUACAGCCGGUGGUGCCGCCCCAGCAGCAUCAGGGGGCGGCCCUCCACACAAAGACCAGGGCACCAAAACUUCAACCACCACCACCCACUAACCAACGACCGCCCGAUGAACAAAACUAUUGUAAUACGCCCUUCGCUGCUGAUGUUUUGUGCCAAAAAUUAAUGAACUUGUGAAGAUGACAUAUCAAACGAAGAAAACCUCAAUUUAUCAGACUUGGACCUCAACAAGUUAAAAUUAUCAGAAGAAGAUGCUUUAGCGCUGUCAUAUUUGACACCAGGACUUUCGCGACGCAUUCAAAAACAACUGCUCUCGCAGUUGGCCCCCUCUGAGGUCCGGAAACUCCAGAGAACCUUAUCCUCAAGAGUAUCGGAAGAUAAAGUACCUAAAGAUCAGAGAAUGUCUAGGUCUACGGAUAGAAUGGCAAGUACCUUGCCGAGAAGAAUGUCUUCUGAAUCACGAUUUUCUCAAAACGUUAGCAAAGAAGAUGAUAGAGCUAAAGAAAGCGGUCUGAAGAUGCCAAGAUCAUUUCUUCCAGUUAGACCUUCAUACGAGUACGGUGUCAGGUCUUCUAGCAUAGGCGCUGAACCAAAGUGUGAUAAUAAGUUUAGCUACAGGAAACCAAAGAUUUCAAAGUCUCUUUCUGUCAGAGAACCGAGAUUGUAUUCCAAAAUUGACAUCCAAAGCCCUGAAUCCAGCAUUUCUGAAAGUCUGUCGUCGUCUUAUAGAAACAACGAUAGUUUGGACAGCUCCAAGUGCUCGGAUUCGUCUUCAAUGUCAAAACCUUAUUCAAAAUAUUCUGACUCUUCUUUCAGCAGAUAUUCUCCAAGUAGAUACGAUUCUAGUAAUAUUCUAACGAUGUCAUCAGAUAACAAGACAGAGUAUAAGAAGCCGUCCAAUACAGGUACAGGGUCAAGAAGGAUAUCCAGGUUUUUAAGGCCUGAUUUUUAUGAUCCACCAAAAGAAGAGACCAAUUUGUAUCUUAAAGAAAAGAAAGAACGUGAGAUGGAAACUCAGAAGGUGUUAAAAGAAAUCAGAGAUAAACGAAAAGGAAGGAUAGGGUCUAGAAGGGAUAGAUCGGGUUCUAGAGAAAAGUCUAUAGAGGCAAAUAAGAGUGACAGUGACUUCUUCAAGAAAAAAGAAGAAAUGGUUAAAGAUGCGGAUAAGCUACUCAUAAAUGUUACGAAUAGUAUAAAAACUUUAGAGGAUAAUAUGAAAGUUAUGCAUGACUAUGUCAAUGUCCCUGGUGAAAAUAAAAUAGAUGAAAGAUGUUCUAGUGAGAACGACUACGUUAAUUCUUCAAAAGCAUUACAUGAAUAUGUGAAUGUUCAAGGUGUAGAAACUGCAGCGCCAGUAAUGAAGAAAGAAACAAUAUCUCGAAUCGCAAGGCCUAAAAGCUAUCCGACAGAAACAAUUGCAAAAGAAAAAGUAGCAAAAGUAGAUAAAAAAGAUAAAGUAAUAGUGGACGUCAAGAAAGAAAAAGAACCGACUGAAAAAGAGUCUAAGAUGAGUAAGCUGAGGAAAGGAUUCAGUCGACAAAGUAAAGAAAAGACGAAAGAGGAUAAGGAUGAGGAGAAUAAACAUAUAAAUGCAGAGGAUAAAGGACAUAAAAGUAAAUUGAUGCUGUCUAUUGAAAAGAAACUGGAGAAGUUUAGAUUAGCAAAGGAUCCAGAGGAAGUUAAAGCGAUACAAGAAAAGAAAUCCUCUGUAGAAAAUGCCAUAAAGAGAUUGCGAGAGCAGAGUUUACCUAGAAACUUGGAACAUUGCACCGAGUCAGGUCUUCUCAAGCGAGCUGUAUCUGUAGAAGACCUCCCCGGUUCAAAACCACUGCAAGCUUCUAGAAAAUCAGUCACGAAGAUCCUGGGGCUAUUUAAGAAGUAUGAAGAACAAGAUAAAAAGAAACCAACGAAGAAACUGAAAAAGAAAGACGGUGACAAAUCUGUGAUGAAUGAAACUGUCACUAAUGGCAAAAGCGAGGCGUCUGAGUCUAGUCAAUCGGAAUUAGUAGAGAAAAGAGAGAGACCUCGCUCGCUGCUGUUUGAUAAAGUGAAACAGUUUCAAUACAAUGGUGCUAAAAGUGAUACGGUGUUGAAUAGUGCGAAGGAAAAGGCUAGAUCGAGAUUGCCGGUGAACAAUACGUACAGGCGCAGUUUGAAUCUCGAGAAUACGUCGGAGUCUGGGAAAAAGAUUGGAGAGAUGAAUACUGAGAAACAGCCGGAGAGAAAGUCGCUGAAGUUAGAGUUGACGAAAGAACCUGUGAUUGUCGUGGAACAUGUACCUGUGGCUACGAGUAGCAAUGCGGAUGAUGUUAUCAGUAAAGAAUACAGGAACUCAUUGACAACGACAGAUGACAGUUCGACAGUCCUCUCUCCAUCCGAUGAUUACCUUAGCUGCGACUCAUGGUCAGUUUGCUCUGACCUGCAUCACGCUGAGCCUCUGUCACCAGUCUCCCCCAACGGUUACGCUCCGGUGUUCUCAGGAGAUGAGAGCGAGUCCGUCAGUGACAGGAUACGCAGGAAGAGCUUCUACACACGGUUCAAUGAGAAGAAGAGGUCCAGGAGACCGAGCAGUACUUACAAAGAGCUUGAUUAUGGUGUCUUGGAUCGUGACGCGAGCUACAGGAACCCAGUGACUCGUCGCGCCAGUUACGCCUCAUCCUUGCAAGACACCGCAACGGCAACGUCCAAGUCGUAUCGGCCGUACUCAAGAACAACUUCGUUGCUGAAUGAUUACGUGAACGUACCGAACAGGUACCAGACCUACAGUUCGAAGAUUGGCAGGCCUGGCGGAUCCACGUCGCUGUACUCGGAUCCUGAGGAUAACGCGCUCAUUGACGAUUUGCUCACUACUGCGAAAUCUAGGAAAUAUGGCUUCCAGAUUCACCCAACCAGAUCUAGAAGUAGAACAUCAGUAUCUCCAAUCGAUGAAUAUCAAAUCGACAGUCCUUCUACUACAACCAGUAACACACAUAUUCAGAAAUUUUAAUAGAACACCUCUUUUGAGGGUGGAAUAACUUUUUGAAAGGUUCGCGUAGCGUUAUGACCACCUUAGAAUCAAAGUUUUGAGACGCUCUAGUGUUUCAAGUUUCACUUCUUCACACUUUGGUCGCUUUUUCAAUUUUUGUAACAAACAUCUGUAGGAAUGAAAGAUAUUUUGGAGCUAUUAUUUCAUACAAUAUUUACACUUCUUCAGUCGAAAUCAAUUUUUAACAAGCCUUUGCUAGAAUGAGAGAUUCAUGACAUAAUUACAGCAAUUUCAUGUUAUUAAGCUAUUACUUCCAAAAUUUUCGGAAUGACAAAUUUGUAAUGCAAAUAAUUUAUUCGUUCUUCUUGAGUCGUUAAUAACUUACAAACUCUCUUUGGCCAAGGGAACGUUGGUUUUGUUGCUUAUGGUUACACGAACCUUUCAGACAUCCUAUUUAAUUCAGUAUAAACUGUCAUUAAAUAAUGUUUCCUAGUCUGUUAAGUUGAGGUUUCUUAUCGACAAUACGUAGAUUUAUAUUUUCGUUAUUCGACAAGCAAGUCAAGUUAUACAAAGAUAAACGAUUUUUUAGUGAAUAUUUUCGCCUAGCUGUUACGCAAAAGUCAAGUUUUACAUAUUCGAUAUGUAUUUAUUAUAUGUAAAUGUUGUUUGCUUUAUAUUUCAGUUUAUUUGCUGGCGGUGUACUAAAAGAAACGGGUAGUUAGAAAUACGAAUUAUGGGAACAGAGGAGUUUUGUUUAAAGGCGACUAGUCAAAUCAAAGAGAGAAAAUCUAGUGGAAUAUUUUAUUUUACAUUUGUUUGCUUCUUCCUUGAAAAAGACUUAUUUAGAGUCUAUAGUUUGAUUUACUGGCCAGGAUAACAUCAUUGAUGUAUACUACGUGAACAUAGUUAAUCCCUUCUUGGCGCGACUCUGCUGCCUACUUAAAUUGGGUAUCUUUAUGCAUUGAUUAACACAGGCCACCUGAAGAUACCUAAAAUUAGGCAUUAGAAAAGCCAAAAAUCCAUUGAAGAUCCUAGCGUCAUCUAUGAGACAGUAGCAGAUCCAAACACAGUUAAUUAACUCUUUUCAAAGUGGAUUCCUACAUUCAUUUUUGUGUUUUACUAUUGCCUGGAAGCUGUCGCUAGUAUCUUUCAGAUCCCUUUUUGAACGCCGGAAUUCAGUAUAUGGUUGGCUACCUUCAGGUAGAAUAUGUUAUAAUAUGUUGAUCAAUGAUCACAUUGAGAAGUAUCAGCAAGACAACCAUAUGAAAGUUCUAGAGGUUACAUUAUAAGUCUGUAAGUGUGUAAGUUUUGCUAGUUUUACGAUGUUUUUUCUCAAUAUUUGAUCCUCUUUUUCUUUGAUUUACUUGAAGCUAUGAUAGGGAUCUGAAUGUUGCCAGAUGCUAUUUUGAAUAUUGUCUAUCAAGCUUAGUAAAUGGCAGUAUUAUGACUGGUGCAAAAACGUAUCUUUUAGUACACCUCAAUCAUGUUAUGAUACUCAUCAUUAUCUAGAGAAUUAGUAAUUUAUUUCGCAUAUAUUUAACUAUUUAUUUUAUUAUAAAUUAACUUUAUUAAUUGGAUUGAAGUGAAUUUCAUGAAAUCUUUAAAAUAUACACUAGUUUAGGACUACUAAAAAGUAGCAAACUGUUGACGUUUAUAAAUGAUUUUAAUAACCACGUUACACUUUGAAUCUCAUUUUAAGUUAAAUACUUUUUUGUAAUAUUCUUCUCAAUCACCCCACAUUGAUUAUAUGUUGAGUUUUGUGUGAAUUGUUAGAGUUGUACGUUGACUUUUGUGAUUUUAUAUAAAAUAAAAUAAAGCAUUUAUAAAAUA